GUUUAAUAAGGUGAUGCUACAUUUGCGACAAUAACUUUACAAGGUUUUGAUUCUCAUUAAGAAAACAUCUAAAUGUAACUUUGAUUUUGUUAACUUUCAAUUAUAAAAUGGGUUGCUUUUGGUCUAACGAGUCCGAACCCGAGCGUUAUGAAAGACGACAAAAUUAUUCAAGUGUCCGGAUUUCUGCGCAGGCGCCGUAUAAUUGCAGGGUGCCAGUAGUAAAACCGAAAGCUUUAUUUGGAGAAUAUAAAUGUACUGCAUGUGGACGGUCCUGGACCAGCAGACUUAGCUGGGCUAAUACCUACAAUCUCUGCAACCGGUGUAAGAAGCCCGUUUACCCCUUCAAUCAGAGAGAAUUGCGCCCUUCAGAUUUUGCAAAAUCGAGUGACAAUCAGGAACAUAAAAGGGAUCUUUGCCAGAUGUGUCAAAAGUUGGGAUACUAUUGCGGAAAUUAUGGAAAAACUAAUAUUAAGUCAAGGAAAUGAUAUUUAUUACAUUUAGUAAUAAAGCCAUUUCAUUUAUGUGAUUUUUA